GGUGCUAACGUAUUGCGGGUAUAAAGCCCGAGACCUCCCACCAUAGAUGUUCACUCUCGGCUUAGCAGUUACACCGUACCGACGUCUCGCUUACAAAACAAAAUGCCAGUAGAUCUUUACUACGUGCCCGGCUCCGCGCCCUGCCGAGCGGUGCUGCUCACUGCGCGUGCUCUCAACCUCAACCUCAACCUGAAACUGGUAGACCUGCACCACGGGGAACACCUUAAACCUGAAUUCCUUAAGAUUAAUCCCCAACACACAGUCCCGACUCUAGUAGACGACGGCUACCCGAUCUACGAGUCACGUGCUAUCAUUACCUACCUCGUGAACAAGUACGGCAAGGGUAGCGCGCUCUACCCCGAGGAACCAAAGGCGAGAGCACUCGUCGACCAACGCCUAUACUUCGACAUCGGAACUUUGUACCAGAGAUUCAGUGACUAUUUCUAUCCACAAGUCUUCGGCAACGCGCCCGCAGAUAAGGACAAGCUAACUAAGGUAGAAGAUGCUCUCCAACUUCUGGACACAUUCCUUGAGGGCCAGAAGUACGUCGCCGGCCCCAACCUAACCGUUGCCGACCUGAGCAUCGUAGCUGGUGUCUCCAGCUUCGAGGCGUCUGAUAUCGACUUCAAGAAAUUCGCUAACGUUAAAAGGUGGUACGAAACAGUGAAGUCGACAGCACCUGGGUACCAAGAGGCCAACGAAAAGGGCCUUGACGCGUUCAAGGCUCUCGUUAACAGCCUUCUCAAGAAGUAAUCUUAACUCAUGUUAAACUAAAACAUAUUCAAUUCACUAAGUUUAAGUCUAACACCGCUUGCUAUUUGACUUAUGAUUGUAAUAUAAGUUGUAGACAUUAAGGCACAAUAAACGAACUGAAAUUCUAUCUUUA